AUGGAGAUGAGUUCUGACUUCAGCUACUCAUCACCUUCUCCACUCCUUCCCUCACCCACUCAUCACCUUCUCCCCCUUCCCUCAGCUACUCAUCCCCUUCUCCACUCCUUCCCUCACCUACUCAUCACCUUCUCCCCUCCUUCCCUCAGCUACUCAUCACCUUCUCCACUCCUUCCCUUAGCUACUCAUCACCUUCUCCACUCCUUCCCUCACCCACUCAUCACCUUCUCCACUCCUUCCCUCAGCUACUCAUCCCCUUCUCCACUCCUUCCCUCACCUACUCAUUACCUUCUCCACUCCUUCCCUCAGCUACUCAUCACCUUCUCCACUCCUUCCCUCACCUACUCAUCACCUUCUCCACUCCUUCCCUCAGCUACUCAUCACCUUCUCCACUCCUUCCCUCAGCUACUCAUCACCUUCUCCACUCCUUCCCUCGCUACUCAUCACCUUCUCCACUCCUUCCCUCACCUACUCAUCACCUUCUCCACUCCUUCCCUCAGCUACUCAUCACCUUCUCCACUCCUUCCCUCAGCUACUCAUCACCUUCUCCCUUCCUUCCCUCAGCUACUCAUCACCUUCUCCCCUCCUUCCCUCACCUACUCAUCACCUUCUCCCCUCCUUCCCUCAGCUACUCAUCACCUUCUCCCUUCCUUCCCUCAGCUUCUCAUCACCUUCUUCCCUCCUUCCCUCACCUACUCAUCACCUUCUCCCCGCCUUCCCUCAGCUACUCAUCACCUUCUCCACUCCUUCCCUUAG